AUGCAAUAUGACGAAUCAAGUUUGGCACAGUUUUCAAGUGAAAUGGACAAGCCUUCUGAAGAAAAGAAACGACCUACAGUCUCAAGAUUCCUUAAGACGAAUGUCGUGGCUAUAGUUCUGGUGGUUCUGGUUGCCUUUGUAAGCAUCGUAAUCGUUGUACUGGAGAACUCAGACAACGUCCUUGAACAUGAAAAGGACGGUCCAUUGGUGCAUACAGCCAAGGGAACUCUAAGAGGGAUUGAAGAACGUUCCCUCGCAGGUCAUUCCUUCUUCUCCUUCUACGCCAUCCCGUAUGCGAAGCCGCCACUAGGAAAGCUGCGGUUUCAGGAACCCGUGGAAGAGGAGGCGUGGACGGGAGUGAGGAAUGCCUUUAGUCAACCAGAGCAAUGCAUUCAGAUACCUUUCAAGAAUCACUUGCUUGGUGACGUUUCAGAAGAACACGUGGUCGGUUCAGAGGAUUGCCUCUAUCUCAAUGUGUUCACUCCAAAGUUGGGUAUAGAAGAGAAGCUGCCAGUAAUGGUGUACCUGCAUGGAGGCGGAUAUGUAGCGGGUAACGCAUACCAAUACCAGCCCUACGUGCUGCUCAAUCACCAGGUGGUACUUGUUGUACCUCAGUUUAGGCUCGGGCUGUUAGGCUUCCUGUCCACGGAGGAUGACAUCAUAUCUGGAAAUUACAUGCUUAAGGAUCAGGUGGCGGCCCUGAGAUGGGUGCAUCGUAACAUACACAUCUUCGGCGGCGACCCGCAACGAUUGACCGUGUUCGGGGAGAGUGCUGGAGGAUCCAGCACAGGCCUUCUGUCCGUCUCUCCAAAGGCUCAGGGGCUAUUUUCGCGAGUCAUCCAGCAAUCUGGCAAUACACUGGCUACCUUCGCUUUCGGUAGGCGACACCGCCAAGUAGCGGAAGACACGGUACGGAGACUGGGAUACCGUGGAAAAUUAGACUCCGAAGACAUCCUCUCCUUCCUACAGACAGUCCCUGUCAAGUCACUCUCCAUCAUUGGCACAAAGUAUUAUGAAUGGUUUGUUUUUCCAUUCGUGAUGGGUCCCCGUGUUGAUGGGGACGUGAUUCCAGCUCACCCAUACGAGAUGGUGCAAGCAAUGACGUGUCCUCCCUGGGAACUUAUGAUAGGCCACACAGCUCAUGAUGGGGCGCUUCUCACAAUCUACGUAUAUCUUAUGGAACAUCUGAAGAAGCGCCUGGUGGAAGACUUCACUAAAAUCGGUCCAAUGAGCCUCGAAAUGGCGGAUAAUGACCCCAAUAAGAAGACAAAGGCUUAUGCUUUGUACCGUUACUACCUGGGAGAAAAUAUCGACCUUGAACUUAAAGAUAAUUUUACUCAGCUUCUUACGGACUAUGUCUUUGGUGUCCCAGGUGAUUUAGUGGCCUUGGCGCACUCUACGUGCGCUCAACCACAUCGACACACCUUCUCCUAUAAAUUGACACACCGUGGUCAGCGUUCUGAAAGUGACCUUUUAAAUACAACAAUUGGAAAGCACUGGGUGAUCCAUGGAGAUGACAUACUCUAUUUAUUCCUCGGAGAGACUUUCAAGUUAGGAUUGCAACCUCUUGAACGUCCAGAGGAUCUUGCUUUACGGGAUAUUAUGAGCAAACUUUGGGUCAACUUUGCUUACACUGGGAACCCAACACCUGAUGGCUCUCUGGGCUUCACGUGGGAGGCUGUAGAGAACGAUAAUGUGCAUUAUCUCAGCUUGACUCCGUCCCCUGCCAUGAAGCCCGACACUCGCCGCAAGGUACGUAACUUCUACAGGAAGGUUCUGCCAAAGCAAAAUGAAUUUUUGGAGAAACUGGUUGCUUCAAAGUACCCCUAGCCAUUCAUCAAUGGGGUGAUUGGAGAAGGAAAUAAUAAUGAGAGCGAUUGUCGUUAAUGAUGUAACAUGUGUGUCAAAUGAUGAGAAAGAUGUCUUGUAAUUAAGAUUUAACCAUUGAAUAUUGGUUGUGAUAGUGACCAGGAUGUGAAUGUCAGUUGAGAAGUUUAUAAUUUGGCUUGCUAACUGAUUGAUCGAUUGAUUGAUUGAUUGAUAUAGCCCGGCGUAACAUACGUGGCAUAUUCUUAGCUAGGACGAAAUAAGAUGCAUGGCUUGAGAGGGUGAGCAAAUUAUUUGUAAUUCAAACGCAGUGGUUAAAGAACAAGUGCUAUGCUACUGUGUAAGUAUUGUUUUUUGUAAUUGACAGAGUAAUAUGCAUGUAUUGGAUUAUAUGUUUGACUUUGUUGUCUUUUGAUUUUUUUGUUUUGUUUGAUGCAUUUAUAUUAGUAGUAGUAGAAGUGGCAGUAGUAGUAGUAGUAGUAGUAGUAGUAGCAGUGGUAGUGGUGGUGAUAAUAGUAGUUGUAGUAGUAGUAGUAGUAGUAGUAGUAGUAGUAGUAGUAGUAGUAGUAGUAGUAGUAGUAGUAAUAGUAGUAGUAGUAGUAGUAGUUUUGGUUGAGGUGGUAGUAGUUCUAAUAAUAUGUACUAUUAGUAAUACCAGACAUAGUUCACUAUUAACACUAUUAUGGAUUAUUCUACAUAGAUUAUGCUUACACAAUUGUUACUAGUUUUAGUGAUAAAUACAUUCACACCAACGCAAUCAGACACAACACACACACACACACACACACACACACACACACACACACACACACACACACACACACACACACACACACACACACACACACACACACACACAGAGAGAGAGAGAGAGAGAGAGAGAGAGAGUUCAAACUUUCUUUUAUCAUCAUCGUUAUGUAUCGAUAAAAAAAAUAUAUGAUAGCUUCAACUAUCUCCAUUUUCUGUUAAAGUUCUUUUCUCCUAUAUGUUGUUGGCUCGUAUUUCCCUUUAAAAGAUGUAUGAAUAUU